AUGUUUUCAUCUGCGCUCAUUGCAUCAUGUAUCUCGGCUCUUGCCGUAGCACAUAUGAUAAUGAGAGACCCAGUUCCAUACGGCCAGUCUACGCUAAACAAUAGUCCAUUAGACGGAAGUGGUUUGGACUUUCCUUGUAAACAACGGGCAAGAGUCUACGCUUUGGAAGGUGCAUCUAAUGUUUACACUCUUGGUUCUACAAACCUAUUGAAAUUCACAGGCCAGACGGUCCAUGGUGGUGGAUCAUGCCAGGUUUCGAUCACUUACGACAGAGAGCCAGGAAGCAGAUCUGUGUGGAAGGUCAUCAAAUCAAUCGAGGGGGGUUGUCCUGCCCAAGGCCAGGUUGGUAACAUGGGAGAUAACAUUGAGGCUGAGGACCCCUACGAGUACAACUUCACCAUUCCGAAUGAUAUACCGAAUGGAACCGCAACCAUCGCGUGGACAUGGUUCAAUAAGGUCGGAAAUCGUGAAAUGUAUAUGAAUUGUGGCCCCAUCACCUUAACUGGCGAAGGAGGAGAUGUAUCUAAUUUCAAUGCGCUCCCGGACAUCUUUCUGGCUCAUAUCGACAAUGGCUGUGGGGUUGCUGAAGGCUAUGAUGUCGCUUUCCCUAGCCCUGGCAAAGAUGUUGAGAGACUAAAUGGUGCUACGACUUCUUUUAUUGGCCCAACGGGAAUGUGUGGCUCGACAGCCGCCUCGGUCCCGCCAACCACAGCUAUCACGAAUCACACACUAGUGGGGAGCUCUAGGAUGGCUAGGAUUACCUCUUCCGCUUUAAUCAUUGUACCCACCUCUACCAUUUCCGUAGUCCCUAUCUCGAGUAUCAGCAGUCCUUCUGCUGGAACACUUUGUACUCCUGAGGGCGACUGGAAAUGCGUCAAUGGUAGCUCGUACCAGCGAUGCGCGAGCGGUUCAUGGUCGGCGAUCCAGCGAUUGCCGGUCGGGGUUUCUUGUAAUCCUGGGCCGUCUUCCACGCUUGAUAUGGUACCCAGUACUUAG